AUGCAUUUCAAACGUUUUGUGAUUUUUUGGGAUAUCACUGAUCAAUUCUUGAUAGAUCUCAAAGACUUAUUCUCCAAAUCAACCAACUUCGAGUCAUGCACUGUCGAACCAGAUGAAGGCGACAACUAUUCUGAGUACCUCGAAUCGUUCUGUGAAAAAGUGGAAUCUGGAGAAGAAGUCAUCUACCGCUACAAGAUUCCUGACGAUUCGAACAAGGUUUUGGAGUUUAAAGUAGACUAUAAUCGAAUUGUUAUUGAGAAGAAGAAUUUCUGA